CAAUUGAACCACACAACUCUUUAAACUCUUACAAUAUUGUCACUAUCAUUUUUAUAUAUUCUUGUUGAUUUCCUUUGUAUAAGGAAUUUGAAUUGCAUUUGUUUCCUCAAUUUGGGAAGAAGUUCCUAAGGGAGGAAAGAAAUCAAAACAAUGACGAUGGCGGACAGCGCAUUUGAUGUUUCCGUCAAUGUGUAUGGUGAAUCCAAAUGUUUUGAUGAUGAUGGUCGUCUCAAAAGAACUGGGUCUGUUUGGACUGCAAGUGCUCACAUAAUAACAGCUGUUAUUGGUUCCGGAGUUUUAUCAUUGGCUUGGGCUACUGCUCAGCUUGGAUGGGUUGCUGGUCCAACUGUUCUGCUUCUAUUCUCCUUUGUUACUUACUACACUUCUGCUUUGCUCUCUGACUGUUAUCGUACCGGCGAUCCAGUUACGGGCAAAAGAAACUAUACUUAUAUGGAUGCUGUCCGAGCCAAUCUUGGUGGAUUUCAGGUUAAGAUUUGUGGGGUAAUUCAGUAUUUGAAUCUUUUUGGAGUUGCCAUUGGAUACACAAUAGCAUCUUCUAUUAGCAUGGUGGCUGUGAAAAGGUCUGAUUGUUUCCAUAAACAUGGUCACCAAGCUACUUGCCAUGUUUCCAGCACUCCUUACAUUGUUAUGUUUGGAGUGAUGGAAAUUAUCUUCUCACAAAUCCCAGACUUUGAUCAGAUUUCUUGGCUCUCUAUUGUGGCUGCUGUUAUGUCCUUCACUUACUCUACCAUUGGUCUUGGUUUAGGGGUUGCCCAAGUUGCAGAAACAGGAAAAAUAGAAGGAAGUCUCACUGGGAUUAGCAUUGGAACUGAAGUAACUGAAAUGCAGAAGAUUUGGAGAAGUUUUCAAGCUCUUGGAGCUAUAGCUUUUGCUUAUUCUUACUCCCUCAUCCUUAUUGAAAUUCAGGAUACACUAAAAUCACCACCAACAGAAGCCAAGACAAUGAAAAGGGCAACACUAAUUAGUGUGGCAGUAACAACAGUUUUCUACAUGCUUUGUGGCUGCUUUGGGUAUGCAGCAUUUGGAGACCAAUCCCCUGGAAAUCUACUAACUGGAUUUGGAUUCUACAAUCCCUAUUGGCUUCUUGACAUCGCGAACAUAGCCAUCGUUGUCCACCUAGUGGGUGCAUACCAAGUUUACUGCCAACCCCUUUUCGCCUUUGUUGAAAAAACAGCAGCUGAUUGGUACCCUGAUAGCAAAAUCAUCACGAAAGAGAUCGAUGUCCCAAUCCCUGGAUGCAAGCCUUUCAAGCUCAACCUUUUCCGUCUAAUCUGGAGGACUAUAUUCGUGAUCAUAACCACACUUAUAUCAAUGCUGAUGCCAUUCUUUAACGACGUUGUUGGCAUUCUUGGGGCCUUUGGAUUUUGGCCACUUACAGUUUACUUCCCAGUGGAAAUGUACAUUGUACAAAAGAAAAUUCCAAAAUGGAGUGGAAGGUGGAUUUGCCUUCAAAUACUUAGUGGUGCUUGCCUUGUUAUCUCAAUUGCUGCUGCUGCUGGUUCUUUUGCUGGAGUUGUUUCUGAUUUACAAGUUUACAGGCCUUUUAAGAGUUAACUGAAUUAUUGUUGAUGUUGAUUGAAGAAAAAAAAGAUAAACACAAGGCCUAAAGAGGUGCUGACCAGCCAGUUAUUAUUAUUGUGUAGGUUUAAAUUUGGUUUUUUUAGUUGCAUGACAAGAAAAAAAAAAAAAAAAAAGGCCGGCCCUUGUAUGUAUGUAAUGUAUGUAUGUGGGCAAAAGAAAAGAAUCAAGUAUUUUUCAAUUAUGUACGACUCUUAUUUCAUUGGAAAGAUGAAAUAGGAAAUUGAAUCAAAGUUUGUUCAUUUCAA